AUGGAGGCUAACCCGUUCUCGAUUGAUAGCAUUUUAAAGAAAACCAGCUCUUCGCCCAAUGUAGAGGAAGAGGUGAAGGAGCCACAACCUUCGAAAUCAUCCGAGGCACUGUCGCUAGCUGUAAAGCUGGCUGGUAAGUUUAAGUUAAUUUAUGUUUAAGGCUGGGAAAGGUUAAAGGUUUUAAUAAUCUAGUGCUCUAAGUGACUUUCUUGAAAGGAAGCAAUUUAAACUGUACAUGAAUGAAAUGGUUUUAAUCUUCGGCUUAGAGACUACUAACCCUAAGCAUACAUUGGAAACCCGAUUUAUAUUGAACGACGUUUUUGGCCCCGAUGAUAUCAGUCUAUUCGGGUGUAUUGGACACGAUCCCGAUAGAAAGGGUCCCCGUUAUAAAGAAUGCAUUUUAACAGUACCCUGGGAUUUCACUAUACAGUGCAACCUCGAUAUUACGAACUUCUAUAAUUUCGAAGUCCUCGGUAUAACGAAUGAUUUUCUUUACCUCAGUAAUAGUAAAGUGUAUGAAAAAUACCCUCUCUAUUUAACGAAACCUCGUUAUAGCGAACAAAUUUUGCCAGUCCCUUGGCCCUUCGUUAUAUCGAGGUUCCACAGCAGCUGUUAGAAUGAAAAUACGCCUACGCAAACUUGAAGUAACGCUGGCUUACGUUUUACUCAAGAACGACAAGUAAGUAUGCUAUGGCCUGGUCCUUUCUCAGCAUUAAGAUUUCACUUUACUUUGAAAGUCCACUUUUAAAGCAAAUUUGUUUCAUCGAAUGUUAAUGUUGACCCUUUCUAUUAACCAAUCUUGUUUAGACAGCUAAGGUGAUAGUAUGGUUUCAACUGCAAAGUUAACGUAAACAAGAUAACAAGGAAUGAAGAGGUGUUCCUUUCAAAAAAGGUUCUUAUCCAAGUUCUUAACGGCGGUAACGAGACGAGGGGUAAGACCUUCACAAAAAACAACGAGUACACGCCGAAGAUCUUGAAAGGAACCCCUCAAAAUAUCCUUUCAGUUGAUAUUGAAAUCGCAGUAUAAAUUUAUGACUAGGGCUUUGUGAAAGCACAUGGGUUUUGCUUUCAAAAAGGAGCGACAAUUACACUGAUGCCAUGGAAAUCAAUCUCCUCUGGGCUCCAACUCCACGAAGAUAAGAAACACUGAUUUUGAGUGACUAGUUUGCCAACUGGGACAGGAUGACCAAGAAAAUUGAAAAUUUAAAAGAAAAGAAAAAAAAGAAGAAAAAAUGAUCCACAAAAACUUCAAUAAAUUUUACAGUUUCGAUAUUUACGUGACCUUUGGCUAAUCGUUACUUAUCAAACUAGCGAAAGGCUUUUCUGCUAACCAAGUUGGCGCCGACAAGAGAUACCUGAGAUAUCGAUAAAAACAACAACAAUAACGACACAUUUCGGUGAUCUAUGAAAAACUGUUUCUUUUAUGUGGUAUUUGGAAAGAGGAGAUCUUCCCGAACGCUGUUGAGCAAUUAAUUUUACGUAAUUAAGUUAAAACAAACCUUUUUCACUAUUGCACAUUGCACCCAUUGAAGGUAAUCCCUUUAGCUUUGUCAGGUGUUAGAAAUUAUUAGUAAGUGUUGUUUUAAUUAAUUUACAUUAUCAGCCACCUUUCUGUCAUAAUCUGCGUGCGUGGGUAGGUGGGCGCCUUUUUCUCUCUUCAGCUCUUCUCUUUUUGCGCUUCAUCAAACUAUUUUUACCUUUACGUUGAAUUUGAACACAAUAUUUGCUCCUAUUCUCUUUUUUAAUUCUUCUGUAACAGAAAAAUCUUGAUAAAAUGGCAGAAAAUGGAAGCGCCUGGAGCAACUCUUCGAUCUUUUGUGCAUAAAAUUACAAUUGUCAGAGUGUUCUCAAUCUAUUUUUAGACCAGGUCUCUAACUCUGACAUCGAUACCUAUACCCGCCUCUCCCUUAAACAAAAUCAGGGACGAAAGGGGGCGGCUGUAUGAGCCCAUACCAAAAAUACGAAGUGAAGAGCACCCUUGUAUGGCUUUUCAACAUCCCCCAGACGUGUGCUCGCGGCUUUAAGCCAUUAAUCAGUCAUAUUUUUUAUAUAACCUGAAGAGUAUAUUCUAAAUGUAAGAAAACGGACAGCGGAGCUUUCAAAAUACCAUUCCUUUCCCUCAAUAUUUGUGACGAAGUUUCAAGACGCACAGACGAGUUUUCUCGUUAACUCGAAAAGCUGUGUUUCACAUGUUGAAAGAAGAAAUGAAACUUGGCAAAAGGAAAGUGUUACCACAUAACUUAGAACUUGUUUGCAAAAGCGGUGAAAGGUAAACUAAGAAAUUGAACAAAGGCCCAUUCUUUUAAAAAGCCAUAUUAUCAACUAUACUGAUCUGAUAGGCGAUACCUACGUACUCUCUCUGUCGGUAGGAAUUUGGGAAUGAAAACAAUUUAAUCUUGUGCACACGUCGUAAGCCUUAACAUAAACUGGCUAAAUGGCUGCUGAUGGAUACAACUUGUUAUAAAUCAUACUUCACAGAGGCUCGAUGAUGGAAGGAAUUUUUUUAGCUAAUACCUUAAUCCCUUGAUAUAAGAAUAGUUUAAAAAAGGUCCUUAAAGUUCAAGCUUGAUCCUCGACAAAUUACAGUUGUAUGUCACUGAAGUUACUUAAACUUGGACGAUUUUUUUAAUGCUGGCGAAGUUACGGCGCCCAAUUAACUUCUUGUAUCUUGCACCAUGGCACUGACCUAAAGGCAGUGUCGAAGGAAUUCAGCAAAACUCGACUUCUUAUUACGCUAUUUUCAACAACCUUGGUUUAAAUUUGAAUUAUCGCAGCGUACCUUGUUAGCCCUCGCAGUGCAUUCUUUUAUUUUCAUGUAGUUUCGGUGUUUAACUGGCUUACGCAGAAAUGUAGAUUGUGUUCGAAAACCUUGAUAAGAACCGCGACGGGGACAUUAAGCUACAUUUAUCAAUCUCAAAUCGGAUUAGGCUUAAUUGAAUUACCAUCUGCUUAGCCCCUCCAUCUGUACCUUGCACAAUCCAAGUAAAGAGGGUCACUUGCUCUUCUAGCUGUAUAAUUCUUCGUCAGUUGUUCGAAAACGCCCAGCGAAAAUUACUUAAGCUUAAUUCAUUUUAUACUUUUCAAAACACUAGCUUAAAAGUUAAGGUCACCCAGACUUCAUUGUGUUGUGUCUCUUAAACCCGCCCUCAGGCUAUUCUUUCGAAGAUCAUUGCCGGCUAUCCUCUGGAAGCAGGAAAGGCCGGUGUUGGAAACUCAGAAGCUGGGCGCGUUAGAGGAAUGGCUUUCGUAAGCGGAGAGUUCAAACAGGGUUUUGUCAAGGUUGCCGUAAAUAGAGCUGUCCGCUUACUAGAGUGUCCAAUGAGAAAGUUUCGAUAGUACUGGCAAACAGAUUACUGCUAUCUGAUAAAAUGAGUACCAAACUUAUACAGAGAAAAUGAAAGCUUAUCUUUGAUUAGAACUUACCUUUUCGGUAGAUGUUAUCUUGGAAGCUCGCCAAGAGAAUACUCGUCGUACUCCACGACGUACGCGUACAGCCUUCACUCAUCAGCAGCUUGGAGUUCUGGAAAAAUCUUUCAGUAAAACACAUUAUCCGGAUGUACAAUUAAGGGAACGACUUGCUGAAAAGACCAACCUGCAAAAAGGAAGAAUUCAGGUGAAUUAGCGUUGGGCGUUUAAAUGAUCCAGCGCAAAUUAUAAUAAUAUGACUUAUUAAUAAUGACUUUUAUAGGGGUGCCAAAUUACUGGUACUUGUAGCCAGGUAGAUUUCAUUGUUGCCGACAAAUAGGGAUAGAAACAAAUAUAAGAAAAUAAACAUAAAAGAGGGUAAGAAUCCCAUCUGGCCUGAGACAAACCACUUGGCUAUUUACAAGCGAGACUGAGGAGUUGAAGUCGGGACUAACGAGAACAAAUCCAGCAAGGGGGUAGGGCGGGGAUUGAACAUACUGUAGAAUGUUAACACUGAAAAUUAAAAAGAUCUGUUUCAGCCCUGCAGGCCAAAGUCUGAUUCAGCCCUUUUUGGAGCCAUUUAAGCACAAUUUAGACUAAAGCAGCUCAAUCAAAAGGCUAUUCCAUCCCACGCUGGGGCCCACUUCAGCCCUUGGGUCCAAAUCAGCCCUAGGUAAUUGGACUGUAUUGGGCUUGAUUUAAGGGAGCCAAAUUAGACUAAAAAAUAUGACUGUAUUUUACUCACCGAAACAGCCCCAGUUCUUUUCGAUUUACAGUGUACUGCUUAACUAGACGUAAAGGUCUCCAGGAAAGGGGGAAUCGUGUGUCUGGGCCCCCAAAAUAAGUCUUAAACAAGGGUUUAACAAAGAGGGCGAGAGACGUCAACUUUUAAGUUCACCCUCUCUAUCUGUGGAAGCACACUACGGAUAGGUUGCUCCCUGAAAUUUUAGUAUCUACAAAAACUACAAACGUUCUUUAUCACCGUAAAUCUUAACUUAUCUCUGUUCUUUAAAAAAUUACAUAUGUGACGUAAAGGAAAACAACAAAAGUCACAUUAAUUACGGCAUAAAAUGGUGUAGCACCAAGCUGGCAAAUACAUACAAAGAAAACCCUUCCUGCUUCAAUUUGCAGGUUUGACAGAGAAACUCUGCAUCUUUUUUGCCGAAACGUUUCUCUUAUGAACAAAAAAAUAACAACUCUUUUUUAAGUGUGCGAUGAAAACAAGUUCUUGGUCAUAGUGACGCAACCAAUCAGAGGCGCUGCUGCAAUCGUGCUUUACAUCUUGACAUUUAAAACAGCAAUCUACUUGGGCAAAACACUAACAGUUAUAACUUUGUGAGGGUUCAUUAAAAAGGUGAGGAACGCUUGUUAAAUGUUACGCACAUUUAAUUUCAAGUAAUUUUCCUCGUUGCGUUUAUAUCAGGUCUGGUUUAAGAACAGACGUGCCAAAUAUCGCAAGGAGACCAAGCGUUAUUUAUCACCAGAUAACCACGAAAACGAAGAGGAAGAAACUAUCGUUUGUCACGCACCUCAAAUUCAAGAAUCCUCACCUUGUUUUCAGUGUAACGCGACAGCUAUGCCAUACUUUUGCAACUAUAGCGAUAUUUUGGAGCCUGCACUUAGACAUCGUGGAUUGCCCUCAGAAAUGCACACACAGUUUCCUACAUAUCAUGGACAGUUAGCACACAGUAACAGAUAUCACAAGUUGGCAUGCGCCAAUAAUCAUGGAGUAAAUCAUGUACAUUUCGGACGUACAUGGACCGGCUAA